AUGCCCAACGUGGAGGAAACUGACGAUGCGGUCAAAUCACCACUGCUAAUCAUCUCCUACCCACGCACGGCGUCAAAUCUAUUCAUGCGCAUGCUUUCACUGCCCGAUCAAGACGACGCACUCUCCCCGGAAAGCGGCGGUUACUUCUUCUACCCUGCUAUCGGACACAUGAGAGAAGCUGGCUUGCUGGACAAGCCACCCCAGCAAUGGACCGAGGAGGAGACCAAGACCACACAACUAGCGUUCCAGGCCUGCUAUGACAAGCUCCAAGGACUCAUCGACACGGCUGCAGACCAGGGAAAGCUAGCAGUCAUCAAAGAGCAUGCACCGUUUAUGAUGUCGCCAACAGUGCAAUCCAACUUUGUCCACAACCGCCAGGAUCUCAGCACGCCUUGGAAAGUGGCUGUACCAAACACCCAUUCCAUACCAAAUACUCAUUCCGUACCAAAUACUCAUUCCGAUUCCGAACCAAACACUCAUGCCGUACCAAACUUAGGAUACCCUCUGAAUGAGUCUGUAUUACCAGACCACUCCCUGUUGAAGUGUACACCCACCUUUCUCAUUCGACAUCCUGCUCUAGCCUUUCCAUCUUACUAUCGCGUCAAGCUUGCACAAGGAAUGGGAAGCGAAGCCCAAGAUCCGAUGAAUCAGUUAGUUCAGGCGUGUACCCUACGGUGGACUCGUAACCUCUAUGAUUGGUACACUUUCGCUUGGGAAGCUGUCACGCCAAGGAAAACGCCGCCGGUUAUCCUGGAUGCUGACGACAUGCUGGAUAAUCCAGAACUGGUUCGACAUUUUUGCGACUACGUCGGCUUGGAUUCUACCAAGGUUCGGUUUGAGUGGAGUUCUAUUAGCAAGGAUGACCUUGCAAAUGAGCAUCCAAUUCGAAGACACACGAGAGCGACUCUACUUACGUCUUCUGGGAUUGAAAGGGGAAAGACAUUCUUUGGGCUAUCCGUAGAAGGGGAGGUAGAAAAAUGGAAAGAUGAGUUUGGACACCCGGCGGCAGACCGCUUGGAGGGUUGGGUUCGAGCUGCUAUGCCAGAUUAUGAAUAUCUCAGGGGCAGGAGGCUUGUGAUGUAG